AUGGCCGCCGUAGACCCAUCGGAGUCUCCAAAACGACAGAAAUCCCCUGCGGAGGAGGUGGAAACAUCUGGGGAGCAGACCGAUGCGGUGGAGUCUGGAUGGAGCUUCAAUCUGAAAAAUGAAACAAGACAGAAUAAAACCGCGGAGAGCCCAAACGGUGAGCAGAGAGCUGGUGUCGGUAACGACGGCGGUGGUGGUGUUGCCAGCCAUUCUGAGGUUAGUGUCGAGUCCGGUGCUGGAGCCGAAAAAACGACAUGCAAUUCACCGGAGGACAUAACAUCGGAGGAAAAAAUGGCCGAGGCUCCUGGCAGCGACCAGCGGGAUUUUGACUGGUCUGAAACAGAAGAAGACGACGAUGAAGCGACGAAAACACACCAGGAGGAACAUGAUAAGUGUGACCUCAAAAAUGUUACAGAGACUGCUGAGAGGAUGCAGCAGGAUGCACAUGUUGAUGAUGAUGACACUACAGACGAUGCAGAUGAGAUACAUGAGGAGGAAACCUCGAAUCCUGAUGAGAAGCGAGCAGAGAGGGGACCGGCUGCAGAGCCGGCUGGAGAAGUUGAUGGGAUAGAGGAGGCGGCUGGAGACGAUAAAGGAGAGGAUGCUAAUUCGACAGCGAAGCCAAAAAAGUGCCGUUUGGUGUGCAAGGAGUGUGGGAAGAGGUUCUCCCGCCGAGAGAUGUUCAACCUUCACCGUCACUUUCAUGCACACGAGGAUGAGCUCACGCCCCUCACCUGUAAAGAAUGCGGCCUUACCUUUCAGCACCGCAGCAGCCUCAUUAAACACAGAAAUGAGCAUAAAAUGAAGGACGAGCAACUUGUUACUCCCAAGAAGGAGAUGCACACAAUGGAGGAGGGUUAUUUCAAAUGUGCAGAAUGUGAGAGGACCUUCUCCACGGUGGAUAAGCUGAGGGACCACAACUGCUGCAAUACAGUAGAAAAGCCUUACCACUGCCCGCUGUGCCGCCAAGAGUUCCAGUUCAAGGUGUCUAUCACUAAGCACAUGUUGCUCCACUCACAAGAAAGCAUGUUUAAAUGCCAAGACUGCAGUCAGUCGUUCCCAAACAGCAUGGCCCUGCGCUUCCACCAGCGGUGUCACGCUGCCCUGAAACCCUACGAAUGCCCAGAGUGCGGCUUGGUUUUCAAACACUACUCCGUCAUGGAGGACCACCGACGCAAGCACACAGACAACACAAGAUCUCACCUGUGCAACAUCUGCGGUAAGACCUUCAAGUACAGCAGCCUCCUCCAUCAGCACCAGUAUCUGCACACAGGCCAGAAGCCCUUCCGGUGCCCUGAGUGUGGUAAAAAUUUUGCCUUUGCCCAGAACAUGAAGGCACACUGCCGCCAGCACAGGCUACGCGAAACCAACUCUUCCACUGAGCAGCCCUGCAAGCCCAACCCUGCGCCCAUACAGGAUGCAAUUAGAGGGCCGGGAAAAGAGAACACACAUCAGAUUGAGGAGCCAAAACGCACAUUUAACUGCCCCCUUUGUCCCCAGACCUACUCUGCACCAGCUAACCUGAGAGCCCACAUGCUUAUUCAUGAGGCGGAGUAUGAGACACUGGAGAGAACCCCCAAACCUCCAAAGGAGAAUAACAAGCAGUGGGAAAAAGGACAUAACUGUCCCCACUGCCCGUGUGUUUAUCGAGAUGAAGGCAGUUUAAACAAGCAUCUGUUAAGUGACCACAAAUCUGUAGCACAAUAUUUAAAAAACAUAGCAACACCACCUGAAAAUCAGUUUACUCCAAUAAACAGGGAUAAUGUACAGGGCAAGUGGAAAAAUGACGGGAUAAGUGUUAAAUCGUACAAGUGUUCUGAGUGUGGAAAAACCUUCCGCCACCGCUCAGUGUUAGAGCUGCAUAUGCGCAUACAUUCCAAGGACAAGCCUUACCAGUGCAAAGUGUGUGGCAAGGGCUUUAGAUUCGGUAGCUACUUACAGCAACAUCUCAUCAUCCACACAGGCAAGAAGCCAUACAAAUGUCCUGACUGUGGGAAGGACUUUGCCUUCCUGCAGAACAUGAGAACACAUCAAAGGCUGCAUCAGGAAAAACCGUUCCGCUGCACUAGCUGCCGCAAAGGCUACAGCGACGAGACCCAACUGCAGCACCAUAUGUUGUCACACAACGGUGACAAACCUCAUAAGUGUGACCUGUGCGACAAGAGCUUUGGAUUAGCCUAUCUGCUCCGCGACCACAUGAACACACACACAGGGGAGAGACCUCAUCGCUGUGAUGAGUGUAACAAAACCUUUUCUUGGUUCAGCAGCCUGCUGGUGCACCAGAAGAUCCACGCUCGCAAGCGCCAGGGUUUCAGCCAGUAUAAUUCUUUCCCAAUGGGUGCUAGGAUGAGAGGCAGGGGGGUCAGAGGGAGGAGAGGGGGCAGGCCCAUGUGGGCCUUGCCGAGACCAUUAGCAAGCUCUGGGAUUGUUGCAUCUCAGCCGUAUCCAGUCGCUUCACUGAGAGAUGCUGAGCUGCACAGAAGGGCGGUGCAGCCACAGGCUUCCCUGCUCUCACCUCGCAUGGAUUUACAAGGCAGACAGCAGAAGGAGGCGUGGCUGGCCGAGCUACACCCGCAACCGGUGCAGUGGAAGGUGGACGGUGGAGAGGUGAUGCCUGUGCCGUCACCGCAGCAGCAGCAACACGCAGCUCCACAGCAGUCCCAGUUUGAGAGCCAGCCACAGCCCGGCCUGCAGCAGCACCAUCAGAGGAGUCCAGGUUGGGCAGAUAGCCCUUUGAUAACUCAGUCAGGCCCCACAUCUGCUCCCAGCUCAGAGUCCUCACACAUGAAAGAGAGCGCAGCUGCUAUUGUCAGCUCCCUCACAGCAGCUGUGCCAAAAAAAUCCAGCCCAUCAAUAGUGAGUGAGAUGGAGCAGCCCAGGCAGCCCAAGCCUGUCACCUGGUGUAGCACACCCACAUCCACAGUGCUAGCUUCCCCAGGCUCUUUGCAGCUAGAUUUUUCUGUCCCCACUUCGUACAUGGACGGGGCAGCUCUGUGGAGCGUCAGACCUGCCAUGCAACUUAACUCACAGAACUCUCCAAAUAAGCUCGGGCAAGAGCUUCAGCUGCCAAGAUGGGCAGGUGCCCCCGUGUCAAUACAGAAGGACCCGUCCACACUUCCUAAAAAAGAGGACACUAGAGUGUGGGACAUGAGUAAUCCUCAAGUAAUACCGUCGACUGUUAGCCAGCCAGAGAAGCCAUGGAACGGCUGCGAGCUGCAAAAGCAGUGGGUUUCAGGCUUAGCAGGUGUGUCCACCUCAGCUCAAAUAGACCAAAGCAGUGCUAUGCCAAUUUCCACUCCUGUUUCUCACGGGGUAGGUAGCACCUUGUGGGACAUACAAGCACCACCAGGAAUUCCAAAGACUAUGAACCCUGAGAAAUUAGUAAAUACUCAAGAUUUUCAGCUGCAGCAAAAGCAGGUGUCAUCUGCCUGGGCCAGUGUGAGUCAGACAGCAACACAGAAGGUUCCCAUCUCCAUUCAGUACGAGCCUCCUCGUUUUGGCCAGGGGUUGGGAACACCAGUAUGGGGCUUCCAAAGUAAUCAAACGCUGCUCACUGGGCAACUAAAACCAGGGAAUGGACAGGAGCUGCAGCAACAGCCAAUGGUAACAGGCACUCAAAUUAUCAUAAAUCAGCCUUCUCCUUUUUUCUCACCUCCUCUAGCUCCACUCCCUCCCCUUGCUCUGCCUGGCCCGCACCCUCUUCACUCUGUCGCAGUUGGCUCACUUUCAAGACCUCCACACCCAAAUAUUUUUUUCACACCGCAGGCCGUGAUGAGCGACAGGCCACAUAUAACACAGACCCUACCCCUACCUCAGCUUGCCCCACGGACAGAACCUCACAAACUCGGACCCCGUUUGCCUUUUGCCCCUGAACGGCUCCUCCAGUGCAUGAUAUGCGGGUGUUCUCUUCCCCGGGAGCUGGAUCUACAGAUGCAUUACCUGCAACAUGCACAAGGAGAGAUUUAACAUUUUUACACUAGGAACAAGACUUAGUUAUGUAUUUUUUUUUACAAAGUGGAACCUCAUUUAUCUGACCCUCACAUGUGCAGUUUGACCAGUAGAGUGAAUGGGCAUUAGAAACAAAAAGAUGAAAGUACAACUUGAUUCCUGCACACUUGAGUCCCAUUUUUUAAGCUCCAAAUUAGACUGCACACUGUUCACAGUGUUGUUUGUAAAAGAGGGUGUCUAAAUGUGCCAUUAAAUUAAUUUCACUUUUUUUUUUCAAUGCAUUUUUUAAGUUAUCAAAGUAUUUAACCAGUUAAAAAAAAACUUCCUAGGGAUUCAGAUGAAUGAGGUUCUACGUUCUACAUUUCAUUUAUAGCCGAUGGCAUUUAGAUUUAGAUAAUAUUAGUACUUUUAUAGUUCUGUUCAUAUGUCCUAAACCAUUUGAACUGUGUUUCUUCAUGUACAGUAUACUGUGUGCCUUUUAUGAGUACAGUCUGCAUGUCUGCUGUCUUGGUAUUCUAGGCCUAGUUUGUGCUUAAGGUAGACUCAACAAUCUGACCUCACUCCCAAAACACAGAGCAACUGUUUCUAAGAUACCGUAAAGAAAUGUAAGUUUUUGCUUUUGAGGAGGAGAGGAUGAGCUUGUUGUGCUCACAGAUAAUGUGUCAGCACAUACAGCUGACUCCAUACAUUCAGGCCUUGUUAGGAAGCACUAAUAUUCACAGGGCUUCUGGCUCGGUCCAAACAACUGACAAAUAUAAGUUCUCAUCGUGGUGAUUUGGCCAAAGCUAAAGUAUGUAAAUGUAAAGGUCAUCUCACAGAAAGUUUUCUGUAAAUUUAUAUCUUCAUUUAUGAUUGGGAACAGGUGUCAUAACACAAUUAUUGAUGAGACUGUUGCUAUAUAGUGAAGUUUGUAAUAAAUUAAACUUGGGUUUAUGUCAUUGUUUGUCAUUAAUAUUUAUUACAAUGGCAAGACGAACCUGAAACUGACAUAAAAUGUAUCCUUUGGUCCGAUUGGUCGAGUCAAAAUUAGCUAAUUUGUGGCAAUGAUUCAUGACUGAUACAAUUAGAUUGACAAAGUGUUUCUGGGUGGCAGCACCUAAUGUAAACUGAUGAGUACUAUGUAUUGAGUAUCUCUUAUCAGAAUUAUUAUUUCAGAUUGGAAUGUACCCCGUAUUUAUAAAAUGAAGUCCACUUUUAAGUACAAUGAAAUGUAUUUUUUGUGAAUACUGAAUGAUUUCAUUCCAUAACUGUAGAUUUAGCCAAGUACAGAAUCCCAUCUCCUCUGUUAAGAUAAUGGGCAUUUGAGUAGCUUUGGUUGCCCAAAAAGUGACUGAAAAUCUUCAUUACUACUGUAAAAUAAACACACGGUCCAUUCGUACAAAAAAAAAGAAAACCGUCCUUGUGCGUCUCAACAUUCAGCGUCUUAGGUUUCAAAAAACGUGCCCUUCUACCUCUAUCCACUGUUUUAGCAUGGAAAGAAAUAGAAUUUUCCCAUGAUGUCUACAUAUUGGAUUAAAUAAAACUUGCUUUUGAUUACAUUGUUG